CUUAAUCUGCUGAUCAGCAUGCAUGCUCCGUACGUGUCAGCGCUGCUCUCUUUUCUUCUUCUGAGCUUCCUGCUUCCUGCAGCAGAGGGGAGCGAAGCAGCUGGCGGGAGGCAGGAGAGGGAGAAGCGAAGCUUGCCAUACUGGGGCCUGUGGUCUUCUGACUUUUAUGGAUGGUUGGAGGAGUUACGAGCCCAGGCAGCCGAUAGCGGGAUGCAGGAUCUGGCUCGCACCUUUUGGGCUCACUUCCCCAUCAGCAGAGAGCUGGGCUACGACAGUCCCGAGCCCGAGCCUGAACCUGAGGAGUGAGGCAAAGGGUGCAGAUGGGAAACUGAACAGUCUUAGUGCAGGA